AGAUAUGUUAUUUAAUAAAAUGACUUUAAUGCAAAGAAAAAUAUUGUCACUAAAGUUUAAAACGGCAGAUACCGAUGAACUGAGAAUUAUUGCAGCUUUGAAUACUAUGAAAAUAUUUCAAACUAUACCUGAAAUCAAAUGUGAAUCAAAGAAUUCAAAAAUAUCAAUUGCUUUAAGGAUUGAAGGAAAUCGUAUUUUUAUUUCAACUCAGAGUGUUAAAGAACUUUUGAAAGUAUGGGAAUUAUAUUCAAAAAGUAUAGCAAAAGCUCCUAAUGGUUCUGAGGAACUUUGUUUAGCAUAUGCGAAUAGAUCAGCUCUUCUAAUAAAGUUAUGUAAAUAUAUUGAAUGUAUAGAAGAUAUUAAUAGAGCUUUGGAAUUGAAUUAUCAAAGUCAUUUAAAAAUAAAGCUCUUAUUUAGAAAAAUUAAAUGCUUACAUUUAAGCAAUGAUAUUGUUAAGUUAAAAGAUACAAUUGAAGAAGCUAAAUUUUGUCUAAGAAAUAUAAAUUUAAGUUGUAAUAAAAAAAAAUAUGAAGAACAAUUAAUGAAAGUUGAAUAUUUUAAUACAAAAUCAUUUUCAAAAAUUAAUGUAAUUACACGGGUUCCAUCAUAUGUAUCACAUAAAAAUAUACCAAGUGCUUCCAAAAUAUUAACAAUAAAAUUUAGUGAAAAAUUUGGUCGACACCUAGUAACAACAUGUAAGGUUGAUGCAGGAGAAAUUUUAAUAAUGGAAAGACCUUAUGCUAAUAUUCUUAUGCCAGAAGCAAUCUAUACUCAUUGUUCACAUUGUUUACAAGUUUAUUGGGCAUUGAUACCUUGUGAAUUUUGUAUUUAUGCUAUGUAUUGUUCUUAUAAAUGUAAAAAUGAAGCUUGGAAACAAUAUCAUGAUAUUGAAUGUUUAGUGACAGGUUAUUUAUUAAAUAUAGAUUUUAAUAAAUGUAAAUUAUUCAGUAUGAGAUUAACUAUUUUGGCUUUAAGACAAGCCGGAAGUAUAGAAAAAUUGAAACAUAUUGUCCAAAAUGCCAACAAUUAUACAGAUCCUUCUAGAAAAGGUUUUGAUGAAGAUGGAAUGUAUUGUAGUGAUAAAUAUUGUAGUUUUUAUUCUCUUACAACUAAUACAGAAAAACGUUCAGUAUCUGAUCUUUUUGAUAGAGCUUUAGAUGCUGCAAAUAUACUCUAUUAUUUAUGUGUAUAUACAACAUUAUUUGGAAAAAAAUUUGAUCAGGAUAUAAACAAAAAGAUUCACAAAUUUAUGAUUGCUAUGGUAGCCACUAUGCUAUUAUGA